GUGAUUUUUGGUCUCUUUCAUUUAUAGUUAUAUUUCUCUCCUUUUUACCUGUUCAUUAACUUCAAACCAAUUUUUUGUUCUAUAUAUACGUAGACUUCAUGGAAUAAUAUAAUGACUCUGCUCAGUUGAAUCAUUUUUUCCAAGUUCCUUUCAUUCAUCCCCACAAAUGCGGGUUUUUCAGAAUAUAAAGGGAGAAAUGAACAAAACAUUAUUUUGCUUUCUUGGUUUCCUUCUUUCUUUGAUUGCCCUUUCUGAAAGCCUGGACAGCAUCGAUAACGAUGUUCAUCAUCCGAAACUCAAGUACUCGCCGGAAGAGCUGCCACCAGAAUGCCGGAAAGCCCUGGUGGACUUGAAAACUUGUAGUGGUCGAAUCCACGAGAUUUUCGUCGGGAAGAAUCAAGAUCAUGUGAGAAAUAUAUGUUGCAAAUCAAUUGUGGAAUUCGAGCGUUCUUGCUUCCAUCAUGGAGUUCCUCAUUUUGUUUUUCCUCAUUGGUUGGGAGAACAUUGUGUUAGGGUUGCCAGAAAAGCAAGGCGGAACCUUAAAGCUCCCGCGUCGGCCCCAACUGGCUCCCCCGCCCCCAUUGGUGGUGCUCUGGCCAAGGGAAAGUUUCUUAUGGAGACAUCCCAUACAAGCCCGCAAAUUGCACCAAAUCAAGCUCCUAGCAAGUUAAUUAAUUAUUGAUCAUGGUGUUCAGUUGAUGAUGAUCAUUUGUUUAAGUAAUUACUUCAAUUAAUCAGAGGAUUUAUGCAAGCAGAUCUUGAGUGUUGGGCUGUGGUGGAAGUUUUUUUAUUUUCAUAUGUGUAAUAAGUGUUGAUAAUAUAUAGAUUUUAAGAAAAUAAAAAAAAAAAUUUGGAUGAAUCUUAAUUCACUGGUUAAAUAGUUCAUUAAUUUUGAAACAGCUUGUUAGCCAUAUACAGUAUAGUUGUUGUUUAACACUUUAAGAGUGAUAGUUAAUGAAGUGGUGCA